GCUGAAGACAUGUUUGCAAAUAUCUGAUCAUUUCAAAAUGGUUUUAUUGUGGAAUGUAACGCUGUUGAGCUUUAUUUAACGGCGUAGAAGUUUAAUCUGUAGAAAUCUGCGUUUCAUUUCGCUUUCUGUGUCGUCAAUCAGUUCACCAAAGGAGAAUUAUCACAACAGAGAAACUCCUGCUGAAGCGACUGAGCUCCACUAUUAUAAAGAUGGCCUUUAUUAAAGAGGAGAGUGAAGACCUGAAGAUUGAGGAAACAUUCAGAGUCAAACAUGAAGAUCCUGAGCAGCUAACAGAUGUGAAAGAGGAGAGCAAUGAACUGAAUGAGAUGAAAGAGAAAGAUCAUAAUGGGAAACACCAUGAUUUCAUGAUUGUUGAGAAAUCUACGAAGACGAUAAAGACUCGGGAAACCAAAUCUAAGCGUCUUUUCACUUGUUGUGAUUGUGGAAAGAGUUUCAAUUAUAAACAAAACCUGGAAGUUCACAGAAGGAUUCACACUGGAGAAAAACCUUAUCAAUGCCAACAGUGUGGAAAGAGUUUCAGUCAAAAAAUACAACUCGAAGGCCACAUGGGAGUUCACACUGGAGUAAAUCCUUUCACAUGCCAAGAAUGUGGAAAGAGUUUCAAUCGUAAACAAAACCUUAAGGUCCACAUUAGAGUUCACACUGGAGAGAAGCCUUUCAAAUGCCGACAGUGUGGGAAGAGUUUCAGUCAGCAAAAGAACCUUGACAGCCAUUUGGUAAUUCACACUGGAGUAAAUCCUUUUGCCUGCCAACAAUGUGGGAAGACUUUCAAUCAUAAGCAAAACCUUAAGGUCCACAUGAGAAUCCACACCGGAGAGAAGCCUUACCAAUGCCAACAGUGUGGAAAGAGUUUCAGCCAAAAAACACACCUUGAAGCCCACAUAGGAAUUCACACUAGAGUAAAUCCUUUCGUCUGCCAACAGUGUGGAAAGAGUUUCAAUCAAGAACAAAACCUUAAGGUCCACAUGAGUGUUCACACUGGUAAUAAGCCUUAUAUCUGCCAGUGUGGAAAGAGUUUCAUUCGAAAAGGACAACUUGAAAAACACAUGAUCAUUCACACUGAAGAGAAGCCUUACACAAAUAUUAAUAAAUCAUAGGACAUAGCUCUAUGAAAAUCUGGUGGAAGGCCAACUGUUUAAUGCGCUGCAUCCUUUUAGGUAUUAAAAACUUUGGUUGUUUUAAUGUCACAUUGGCUACAUUUACAUACACCCAGAUAAUCCAUUUGUAAACAGGGUUGACUGUUCAAUCAGAUUGAAAAAUGUUCAUGUGAACCCAUGAUCCAAUUGAGCUCAAUCCAAUUGAAUGUUCAAAUGAAUGUAGAAUUAGGAAAUCCAAAGGAUCUUGGAGAAUUGGCACUACCUGACUUUAUACUGUCUUUUCAUGUUAUUAUUGGGAUAAUUUUUUUUAUUUAUUAACUUAUUAAUUGGCCCCUGAUGAAUAAAGGGACUAAACCGAAGGAUAAUUAAUGAAUGAACUAAUUAAUAUAUUUACCUGGUUUUAUUUUCCACCUAAUUUUGUAUUUUUGUCCAUUUUAACCAGUGUUUAUGUUCUGGUUUUACAUGUAA